AUGCAGCUCCCUCUUCCCUCCCCAUCGUUCACCUUUGAGAAUGCCGCAGAAGGCGAGAUCGUCCAUCAGCGGUGUCUGCUUCUCAAAGGGUCCUACAAUUCGAAUGGCGCUAUCCCCGAGUCGUGCGUCGUUAUCGAGACCACCGAUGGUCGCGACAAGCCAACGUUUCCACCGCAAACAUGGCCCGUGAUCAAUGGUCGGGUCAAGGCCAUGGUGAUGCUUUCUCCCGGAGCCAAUACGAUCACGGUCGUUCUCGACGACAAGGAGGCGGCUGAGCCCACCGCAACCAGAAGCUCCAUCAAUCUGACAUAUCUGCCCCUACUACAAACACCACCCUUGCACCUUGCCAUCAUGGUCGCUAAAGAUUCGCCGUUACUUAUCGAUUGCCCGGCCGGCCGCUAUAGCGCGGUUUCCAGUGCCCACUCUUCCCUCGACGCCGCUAUCGCCAAAUUCCGUAUGACGGCUUAUAUGUGGCAAGCGAUGACGGCUGAGGAUAUGCGCCUCAAAGGUCUUGGCCGUCGCGCUUUUCGUUUUGACGAGGAAUGGAAUGCUGAUACUACGAGCCUGCAAUUCGUCACGGCUCGUCACGAUGCGGCGCUUGCGGAGAACGGCGCCAUGCGGUCUACGGCUAAGAUUCACAUCGUGCGAUCUGAGCGAACCGUCGCCGAGAUUCGCUCGAUGAAGUGCGCCCAGCAGAAUCCUAGGGCCUCAAAGCCCGACAGCCUCCACGAAUAUUUCAAGGAAGCGCUCGUCCUCCACGGAGGCCCUUUUGAGUCGUCGUGCCAGCCUGUGGUGGCGGGCCUCAUACUCGAUACCCAUUACUCCAUGCAAGAGGAUAUCAUACUCGGACAUGCGGCGUUGGGCAGCCACGAUAAUCGUGGUAUCUCCCUCGGUAUCAUGGGUAGUCAUCUCACGUACUCGUGGCCCCGCUUCCUCGAGGAAGUCGUUCCAUGCCUUACCGACGACCGCAAUCCUGGCAACACGGUGGGCAAUGAUGCCCGCGAGUGCGGUAGCUUCUGGGAAGCCUGCGCGUAUUGGCCCCGCAACUUCCUCGUACGCACGGCCUACUGCACUAAGCGGACUUGCGAUGGCGUAUUAGUAACCGACGGCGAGACGGUGAACGAGGCGGUUUGGGACCUCCGGGAUGCCCUCUCAUUCAGGGCAUUCCCUCACUUUUGGCUCCCGGACGAUAUCAGCUUCUCUCCAGAGGCGCGAGUUGCCACUCCCACCCUCACGGUCGACCCUGGCGAGUCACAGGAAGAAGCUUGUCUCGUCAUUGCGUCUGCUGCCGGCCUCAUUCGCAAUGUAUCAUAUCUGCUUUCCAACCUCGAAACGAGGUUCGAUCGUGAACUGCCUCUGUCUAUCUCGGUUCUCGGUCUCAACGGCAAGUCCAGGAUGGUCAAGAACGCAUGGCAGCUUUUCGCCUCCGAAAGCUUUAUCAGAGUACGAGGUACAAACUUGGUGCUCCACAAGCAAUCAGUCGCCAGCACAGACCUCCAAAAUGGAGAGCAUGCGAACACGCAGUUCUGGAAGUGGGCCACGCUUCUGCAGAAGAGGGCCAAAGGGAAGGACGGCUUUGCACGUGCGACCAAAAUUGAUGUUCGCACCGGAUGCAUCCUUGACGGCGCAUACGUCUAUUACUCGGAUAAAGAGCGUGUUAAUUGCGGCCCUCGCAUUGGGAAGUGGGGAGGGAAGCAUACCUUUGGCGGCCACGCUUCCGAGAAGUCUGACAUCCCCAAGAAUGCGGAGAUUGUCAAGGUUGAAGUUUCGAGAGAGAGCUACAUCUUGCACGGAAUUCGCUUGACCUUGAGUAAUGGCACAGUUUGGGGACAACUAGACGGCGAUCAAGGAGACGGAGCUGGGUUCGAAGUUAUUGCUCUCGAGCCUUCAUCUGAUGAGACCAUUGUUGGCUUCUUUGGGCAGAGUUGGUGGGGAAGUCAUUGUGAUGGUCUUGUCGAGUUUGGCAUCAUAACCGCACCGAAGAAUACAGAGCUGCCCGAGGCUGUCUAUGACAUGGAUGAGUUGAAGAAUACAGAUGGCGGGGUUGCCGAGGAUGGAAAGGUAGAGGAUGUCGAGGAUAUGAGCGAGGAUAUGAGCGAGGAUGAAGAUAUGGACUAG